AUGGCUGUCACCUCCGUCUCCGAGCCUUUCAACUUCACCCUCCCUUCUAGCAGCUCCGGUGGCUCGAUUAAAAAGCCCAUCAAGUCUGUUUCCAAGCCCUGCUUCGGAUGUGACUGCGGAGAUGAAGACCCAGCACGAGCACCAUGGGAAAAAGAGCGCGGCCAGAGUUUCAAUACCCUUCUGAUGAAUAUGAAUGCUCUCAAUCCAUUCGAAUUACCUGACUUCGGGGUCUUGCAGGUCCACCUCGAGGCAUUCAAGGCCUCAAAGGUGAUGCGACGCAUCUUUCCCAUCAUAGAUUUUGAACUCUUUGAUGAGACCAUCAGAACAGCUUACAAACAUCCGGGUCCAACCUUCGGCUAUGGACAAGCUAGUGCGCGAGUCUCUGUCAUUGCCUUUAUUAGCUUCGCUUCUCGCCUUCCUCUUGUGAAGGAAAUGGUUGCUGCUCUGAACAUAGCUCCAGUUGACCAUGAUCUACUUGCUACGAGAGCACAGUUUUUGAUGCCUCAAGUGCUUCAAGAGAGUCCUAGUCUGGACUCUGCCCAGGCUCUCACCAUGUUGACUCUCGUUGAACUAUCGGCUGGAAAUAUGCAGGCAACAAAUUACUAUGCCGGAAUCACAGCACGAUUGAUUUUUAUGCUUGGUGGGAACGUACCGGACGGCCAGCCCUAUUCGUUUGAUAAACGCCGCCAGCAGAAGGACCAACAAAUACGAAACUUAUUCUGGAUCUGCUACACAAUGGACAAAGAUAUUUCGCUCCGCACCGGCCAGCCGCCUACGAUCAGCGAUGAAAACUGUGACCUGACACUGCCGCCGGGCUAUCUCGAACGAGCAUUCCUGGACGUGGAAGACGAGGAUGCGCCGUUCCUGGGACCAGUCUUCCCCUUUGACCUACGUCUGAGCAUAAUCAAGGCUCGCGCGCACAGAGAGCUCUAUUCAGUGAGCAGUCUUCGAAAAUCCGAUGCCGAGCUCCUCAAGUCAAUUCGGGAACUAGAUGACGAGCUUGAAGAGUGGCGUCUUUCGGUUCCUCCGACGUGGCGUCCAACCAUGUCCUUUUCUCCGGAGACAUCUGAUCCCAAUAUGGGUAUGCACAGUGUCAUGCUGCGGUUGAAUUAUCAUUUGUGCAUGGCUAUCAUUCACCAAGCAAGUGGUAGGUGUAAAUCAUGGAUGGAAGGGCAAAGUGGCAUGGUGGAUGGAGUGAGUUCGAGCAUGGCUCUUUCGGUAGAGGCCAGUCGAUCAAGUCUCUGUUACCUCGAGGCGGCAGAACAUGUGGUGGUCGAUGGGGUAUUCUGGACCCUCAUCUUCUACCCCAUGUCUGCACUACUCACCAUCUUCUGCAGCAUCCUUCAAAACCCACUGGAUCCACAUUCGCGCGAAGAUUUGGACCGACUAAAGGUUGCCACUGUCAUGAUGGAGCGUGUAUUUUCACGAAAACUGCCAGAGAAUGAGCUUGUGCACUUCAAGAUGGUCGCCGACUUCGUUAUGGAGUUGAAGCGACUAGCUGAAUGUGCCAUUGACAAGGCCUGGGCAGAGCAGCGUGCCAGCCACAUGGUGAAAUGA